CAGCAGCAGCACCUUUGGGGGCUCGGCCGAGAGACCGGAGCCGGGAUCUGAGCGAGUGAGCGAGCGCCGGGGCCAGCGAAUCGGAGCUGCCGGGACAUGGUUGCAGACCUGACCACGUCUGAGCACCUCACCUUGUUGCCAUCCCUGAGCCUCUGAACUCAGCACCUGGACCACUUUGUUCUUGGAAUUUUGGGCGUGGUAGCGUCUCACCUAAACUUUCCCUGCUUUCCUGAGUACUCCUGAAGACUUUAGGAUUGCCAUGGAGACCAGGGACAUUUUAAACAGCUCCCGGCAAAGGGGGGGCGAGUCAGAGUUCCUGCCAGUGGCCUCAGCCAAGCCCCCAGCUGCCCCAGGCUGUGCAGGGGAGCCCUUGCUCUCUGCUCCCGGAACUGGGAAGGGGAUCCCUGUGGGCGGAGAACGCAUGGAGCCUGAGGAAGAGGAUGAGCUGGGCUCAGGGCGGGAUGUGGAUUCCAACUCCAAUGCUGACAGCGAGAAAUGGGUGGCCGGGGACGGCCUGGAGGAGCAGGAGUUUUCUAUCAAGGAGGCGAACUUCAGCGAGGGGAGUCUGAAGCUGAAGAUUCAGACCACAAAACGGGCCAAGAAGCCCCCAAAGAACCUGGAGAACUAUAUAUGCCCACCGGAGAUCAAGAUCACCAUCAAGCAGUCUGGAGACCAGAAGCUGUCUCGAGCUGGGAAAAACAGCAAAGCUACGAAAGAGGAGGAAAGAAGCCACUCCAAAAAGAAGCUUCUCACAGCCAGUGACCUUGCAGCCAGCGACCUCAAAGGAUUUCAGCCACAGGCUUAUGAGCGGCCACAGAAACAUCCACCUCUCCACUAUGACCCAGCGCUCCCGCAGGACUUCACCGGUGACACCUUAAAACCAAAGCACCAGCAAAAAAGCAGCAGCCAGAACCAUGUGGACUGGUCCACCCCCGCUGACGGUGGACCCACCACCCAGAAUUGCUUCAUCAGUUCCGACUCUGGCAGAGAAACCGCAAGCACCAGCAAGAUCCCAGCUCUUGAGCCCGUGGCUUCCUUUGCCAAGUCCCAGGGGAAGAAGGGCAGUGGGGGGAGCGCAUGGAGUCAGCUGUCCAGUAACAGCAAAGACCUGCUCCUGGGAGGUGUAGCUCCCUCCCCGAGCAACCACAGCUCACCAGCCCCAGCCAGCAACUCUGCCGAGUUGAGUGGGCUUCAGCCCUUGGUGGAUCAAGAGGGAGGAGGUGCAAAGGAACCCCCAGAACCUCCUGUUAUCAGCAGCAAGAAAAAGUCCAGUAAGAAGGAUGUGAUCAGUCAAAGCAUGCCAAGCGCCGACCUGGAUUGGGUCAAGAAUGCCCAGAAAGCAUUUGACAACCCAGAAGGGAAACGGGAAGGCUUCUCUGUAGAUAAUGCCCCAGAGGCGUCACCAGCCAGGCAGGGUGGGACUUCUGUCAGUAAUCCCGAAAAUGACACCAGUCAUGUCCGGAUUACUAUCCCCAUCAAGGCACCCUCUUUGGACCCCCUGAGCCAUAAGAGGAAAAAGAGACAGUCCAUUAAAGCAGUGGUAGAAAAGAUCCUCCCCGACAAGGCCUUGGCUGCUGGAAUCCCCAUGAGCAGCGAAGUAGUAAGCAGGAUACUUGCCAGUCCUGACGGAAGUAAGAAGGACCCUCGCGUCCCCAAGUUGAGUAAAAUGAUCGAGACUGAGUCCCCCUCAGUUGGCCUCGACACUGGUGGAAAUGCCGAGAAAGUCAUCCCAGGAGGGGUUCCCAAGCAGCGGAAGCCACCCAUGGUCCUGGCCCCGUCCGGGUGCACGGAUCACUCGCCGUCGAGAAAGCUGCCAGAAAUCCAGCAUCCAAAGUUUGCGGCCAAGCGGAGGUGGACGUGCAGCAAGCCCAAAGCCGCCAGUAUGCUCCGGGAGGCGGUCAUGGCCACCUCCGACAAACUGAUGGUGGAGCCCCCGUCUGCCUACCCCAUCACCCCCUCCAGCCCUCUGUACACUAACACAGACAGUCUAACUGUGAUCACGCCGGUCAAGAAGAAACGGGGGCGCCCGAAGAAGCAGCCUCUGCUCACCGUGGAGACGAUCCACGAGGGGACAUCCACCAGCCCGGUGAGUCCCAUCAGCAGGGAGUUUCCUGGCACCAAGAAGAGGAAGAGGCGGCGCAAUUUGGCCAAGUUGGCCCAGCUGGUGCCCGGCGAGGACAAGCCCAUGAGCGAGAUGAAAUUUCACAAGAAGGUGGGAAAGCUCGGCGUGUUGGAUAAGAAGACCAUCAAAACGAUCAAUAAGAUGAAGACACUCAAGAGGAAAAAUAUCCUGAACCAGAUCUUGUCCUGUUCCAGCAGCGUGGCUCUGAAGGCGAAGGCGCCCCCUGAGACCAGCCCCGCGGCCACUGCCAUCGAGAGCAAACUGGGAAAGCAGAUUAACGUCAGCAAGAGGGGCACCAUCUACAUCGGCAAAAAGAGGGGCAGGAAGCCCAGGGCGGAGCUGCCACCCCCAUCUGAAGAACCCAAAACAGCCAUCAAGCACCCCAGGCCUGUUUCCAGCCAGCCGGACGCUCCACCCGUGCCUUCCAGCUUCCAGUCCCUUGUGGCAUCUUCACCAGCAGCUAUGCACCCACUCGCCCCCCAGCUCGGUGGGUCCAAUGGCAACCUGAGCCCCGCCAGCACUGAAACCAAUUUUUCCGAGUUGAAAACUAUGCCAAAUCUCCAGCCCAUCAGUGCUCUUCCUACCAAAACCCAGAAGGGAAUCCACAGCGGAACCUGGAAGCUGUCUCCACCCCGGCUGAUGGCCAACUCCCCAUCCCACCUCUGCGAGAUUGGCUCCCUGAAGGAGAUAACGCUGUCCCCGGUGAGCGAGUCCCACAGCGAGGAGACCAUCCCGAGCGACAGUGGCAUCGGGACGGACAACAACAGCACGUCCGAUCAGGCUGAGAAGAGCUCGGAGUCCCGGCGGAGGUACUCGUUUGAUUUCUGCACGCUGGACAACCCGGAGGCCAUCCCGUCCGACACCAGCACAAAGAACCGGCAUGGCCACCGGCAGAAGCAUCUCAUUGUGGACAACUUCCUGGCCCACGAGAGCCUCAAGAAGCCAAAGCACAAGCGGAAGCGGAAGAGCCUGCAGAAUCGCGACGACCUCCAGUUCCUGGCCGACCUGGAAGAGCUCAUCACCAAGUUCCAGGUGUUCAGGAUCUCCCACCGGAGCUACACCUUCUACCACGAGAACCCGUAUCCCAGCAUUUUCCGGAUCAACUUUGACCACUACUACCCGGUGCCAUAUAUCCAGUAUGACCCGUUGCUCUAUCUUCGGAGGACUUCAGACUUGAAGUCAAAGAAGAAGCGGGGUAGGCCUGCAAAAACCAAUGACACCAUGACAAAGGUGCCUUUUUUACAAGGGUUCAGCUACCCUAUCCCCAGUGGGAGUUACUAUGCACCCUAUGGAAUGCCUUACACAUCAAUGCCUAUGAUGAACCUCGGUUACUACGGUCAGUACCCAGCCCCCUUGUACCUGUCGCACACGCUGGGAGCGGCGUCCCCGUUCAUGAGGCCCACAGUGCCACCACCUCAGUUCCACACGGGCUCCCACAUGAAGAUGUCCGGGGCGGCUAAGCAUAAAGCGAAGCAUGGAGUCCACCUCCAGGGACCCGUGGCCAUGGGCCUCGGCGACAUGCAGACGUCCCUGAAUCCGCCCAAGGUGGGCAGCGCCGGCCUCGCCAGCGGCCGGCUCCACAAGAGGAAACACAAACACAAGCAUAAGCACAAGGAAGACCGGAUCCUGGGGCCCCACGACAACCUGAGCGGCCUCUUUGCAGGCAAAGCCGCAGGCUUCCCCAGCCACCUCCUGAGCGAGCGGCUGAGUGGGGCAGACAAGGAGCUCCCGCUGGUGAGCGAGAAGAGCAAGCAUAAGGAGAAGCAGAAAUACCAGCACAGCGAGGCCAGUCACAAAGCAUCGAAAACCAACUUUGAGGUGGACACCCUGUCAACACUGUCUCUCUCGGAUGCCCAGCACUGGACGCAGGCCAAGGACAAAGUGGACUUGAGUGGAGAGCCCACAGAGCCCUGCACAAAGCGGUACUCUGGUGGCAGCGGGGACGGUGGCAGUACAAGAUCCGAGAGCCUGGAUGUGUUCAGUGAAAUGAACACUUCGAGUGACAAGUUGGACAGUGACCUGAGCGGGAGUAAAAGGAGGAGCUAUGAAGGCUUUGGGACGUACAGGGAAAAGGAGCUCCAGGCCUUCAAGAUGAACCGCAAAGAGAGAAGUUCUUUCGAGUCCUCCGUGUCUCCAGGGAUGCCAAGUCCCCACUUAAAAGCGGACCAGACUCCAGCGCAUAGUAAGAGCGAGGCCUCGGUGUCGACCAUGAUGACCAGGAAGAAGCCAGCCACAGGCGAGAGUGUUGUGAUUCCACCAACCCCAGUGUUAUCUCUCCUGGCUGCAUCCACAGCAACUUCGGACGCAGCCAGCUCCUCCCUGAAGAAGAGAUUCAAGCGGCGGGAGAUCGAAGCCAUCCAGUGCGAGGUGCGGAAGAUGUGCAACUACACCAAGAUCCUGUCCACCAAGAAGAACCUGGACCACGUCAACAAGAUCCUGAAGGCCAAGCGGCUGCAGAGACAAUCAAAGACAGGCAACAACUUCGUCAAGAAGAGGCGAGGGCGUCCCCGCAAGCAGCCCACCCAGUUCGACGAGGACUCCAGAGACCAAAUGCCGGUGCUGGAGAAGUGCAUCGACCUCCCCAGCAAGAGGGGCCAGAAGCCCAGCCUGAGCCCGCUGGUGCUGGAGCCGGCCGCCAGCCAGGACGCAGUCAUGGCCACCAUCGAGGCGGUCAUCCACAUGGCGCGGGAGGCCCCGCCCCUGACCCCGCCCCCGCCCCUACCCAAGACCCCCAGAGGCGGGAAGAGGAAACACAAACCCCAGCCUCCCGCGCAGGCACCGCAGCAGCCGCCGCCACAGCCCCUGCCCACCGAAGAAGAGGUCAAGGCCAAGAGGCCCCGGAAGUCCCGGGGCAGUGAGAGCGACGUGCUUCCCUAG